AUGUGCGACGUGAUGCCCACGAUAUCUGAAGACAGUAUCAGCCAGCGGAGCUCGCAGUUCUCUGGAGAGGAUGCGAAUUUUGAGCAACUUAUGGUAUCUAUGUUGGAUGAGCGGGAUAAGCUGGUGGAGAGCUUACGAGAGACCCAGGAGCGUCUGAAUGACUCAGAGCUGCGACUCAAAGACGUGGAGAAGGAGCGAGACUCAUUGCAGAGACAGAUUGCUGCCAACUUACCUCAGGUCAGUGUCAUUAUCAAAAUGGUGUGA